GCUCGUGACGUCAUCAUGCGGCGCGUGAGGAACUGGCGCUAGCGUGCGCUGGUUCGCGGCGUGGACUCAUGGCGGGUUCUGCUGCUCUGGACGUGUCCCGAAAUGGUUUGGUGGUGAGAGGUGGCAGCCGAUUUCUGGUGACAGGUACAGACUGCAGUGAUGAUGACAGCUUCUUUAUAUAUGACUGCAGCAAGGCAGAAAAGAAGCCCCAAGAGGAUAAAAGUGAGGAAGGACAGACCAUGUACAGAGGAAGUGAUAACAUCUUGGCCUCCACCUUCUCAAGAUCUGGCAACUAUUUUGCUUUGACUGAUGACAAUAAACGUCUGAUUCUUUUUUCUACAAAACCUUGGAAAUGUCUGAGUAUCAGGACAGUGGUGAGAAGAUGUACUUCUCUGACAUUUACAUCUACAGAUGAGAAGAUUUUGGUGGCGGACAAGUCUGGAGAUGUAUAUUCAUUUUCUGUAUUGGCGCCACAUCAGGAUGGAAAACUUGAACUUGGACACCUUUCUAUGUUGUUGGAUGUGGCCAUGAGUCCUGAUGACCGUUAUAUUCUCACAGCUGACAGAGAUGAGAAAAUCCGUGUUAGUUUAUUUGCAGCACCACACAACAUCGAAUCUUUCUGCUUGGGUCAUACCGAGUUUGUGAGCAGAAUAUUUGUGGUACCAAAUUAUCCGGACCUGUUAUUAUCUACCUCAGGGGACUGUACUCUGAGACUCUGGGAAUACAAAAUAGGAAAAGAAUUGCACUGCUGUCAUCUUAAUAGAUUGAAAAAUCCUGAGGCAACCCCAUGUGAGAAGGUAUUUGCAGUGUCAAGGAUAACCUACUGUUGCCAAGAAAACUGCGUUGCUAUUUUGUGUGACUGUAUUCCUGUGAUCUACAUCUUCCAACUUGACCACACGAAGAAGCAGCUGACUUACACACAACAACUGACCUUCAGUCACAGAGUGUGGGACGCUGCUUUCGAGGAGACCCGAGGCCUGUGGGUUUUACAAGAGUGCAAAGAAAUGCCGAUUUUGCUCUAUCGCCUUGAGAAUGGGCAGUGGCAGCCUGUUUCCAAAAAUGAAGUGUUAAAGAAAAUCUCCGAUAACCUACAGGAGAACUGGACUAUGGUGGAAGGUGGGUCCCCUGGCAUGGAUGGCAGCUUUAGCAGUCUCUACAAGACCACAUUUGAUAACAUGAGUAAUUAUUUGAAGAAAAAAGAAGAAAGAGUACAGCAGCAAUUGGAGAAAAAGAAGAGAAGGAAGAAUCCUUGACUUCGUCUUCAGUGGCAAACAAAAAAAAAGAGAGGCACCCAUGUGACAAAUAUUCACCUACUCGUCUGAAGGGCAUAGGAUCAUAGAUUUAAAACUUGAGGUACCUUAGAGAUCCUCAUCUAUUCCAUCCUUAUGACAAACAAGUCAGAGAAGUUUUGACUUAGUUCACCCAUGUAGAAAGUGAUAGUUGAGAUUUGAGUACCAGUUCUGUCUCCAAAUUCAGGACCUGGCAAAAAUUUAGUGGGCAAAAAUCAAUUAUAUUUUGACUUACUCUUUUUCCUCCAUUAAAAAAAAAUGGUGGAGUUUCAAGUAGAAGCCAUAAUUUCUCUUCCUCAUGACAUUUCUGAGUUCUUCUAAGCUUUCUCCUGUUUGUCUAUCCCUGCUACUGCUGCUGCUUUCCUCCCUUCUGAUAUAUUCUUCAACACAAACGUUUCCACCUCGGGUAGCCAGAGGGCUGCCUAAGCUCAUUUCUCAUCAUUCCUAAUCAUAUUCUGCUGAUAGUUAAAUAGAAAUAUUCACAAACUGAAUUUUCUAGUGACCCAAUCAGGGCCACAACAUAUUUUCUUUCCCAAUUAACAUACUUGACCAAUGUAGACAAGAGUAUUUAAUAAAAAAUUUCCUAUCAUAAGCUACAAA